AUGACAUAUACGGACAACGAGAGCAGAGCUAUGUUUCAAAGAUUUGUAACGGACGAAAAUGAAGGCUACAAACGAUUUAGUGGAUUUAUGCAAAAGAAGGGAUCCAAAAGGGAAGCAUUUGAAGGAGUAAUGGAGCAGGAACGAACGGAAUAUGAAUCUGAGCACUGGGAUAUUAUUGAAGAAAACCAAGCAAGCGACCCCAAACCCCACGUGGAAUGUGGCGAAAUGCAGAUGCGUACGUUUCUGGAACACUUCGCUAAUUGCAUCCCUUCCGAACUGGUGGAAUGCAUCUGCAAGCGCAUCCAACACGGCGCGCACACGGACACGAAUGCGAGUGUGAAGGACGACGAGACGCCUGCAGACAUCGCGCACUCCGAUCCACGACCUAGUGGCUGUGAGGAAGGGAAUGAGGGCCAGAACCAAACGAUCGACAGCUACAGUGCGUUGGAUGUGCCAGAGGUGGAGGUAAAACAAAUCGAACACGAGCCCAAGCCCUACCUAAAAUGUUAUGAAAUGAAGAUGUGUAAGUUUCUGGAGCACUUCGCCAAUUGCAUCCCUCCAGAAUUGGUGGAAUGCAUCUGCAAGCGCAUCCAACAGGGCGCGCACGCGGACGCGAAUGCGAGUGUGAGGGACGACGAGACGCCUGCAGACAUCGCACACUCCGAUCCACGACCUAGUGGCUGUGAGGAAGGGAAUGAGGGCCAGAACCAAAUGAUUGACAGCUACAGUGCAUUGGAUGUGCCAGAGGUGGAGGUAAAACAAAUCGAACACGAGCCAGAACACCACGUGGAAUGUGGCGAAAUGCAGAUGCGGAAGUUUCUGGAACACUUCACCAAUUGCAUCCCUCCAGAAUUGGUGGAAUGCAUCUGCAAGCGCAUCCAACACGGCACGCACACGGACACGAAUGGAUGCGUGAAGGACGACGAGGCGCCUGCAGACAUCGCGCACUCCGAUCCACGACCUAGUAGCUGUGAGGAAGGGAAUGAGGGCCAGAACCAAACGAUUGACAGCUACAGUGCGUUGGAUGUACCAGAGGUGGAGGUAAAACAAAUCGAACACGAGCCCAAGCCCUACCUAAAAUGUUAUGAAAUGAAGAUGUGUAAGUUUCUGGAGCACUUCGCCAAUUGCAUCCCUCCGGAAUUAGUGGAAUGCAUCUGCAAGCGCAUCCAACACGACGCGCAAACGGACACGAAUGGAUGCGUGAAGGACGACGAGGAGCAAUGUUGUGAAGAGCCAAUGAAGUGUGAAUGCACUUCUGACGACCGUGGAGAUCAAUUUGGUCAUCAUUUAGACUGUGUCACGAUGGAGAAGCUCAUUUUCCUAUUUCUUUCUUCUCAACAUAUUUACCCAGAAAUUGUCAACGGAGUUCAAAAGUCUGUUUGCAAUUGUCAACAUUGA